ACGCACUGCAACCAGCUUGCCUACCGUCACUGUAUUCAUACCCCAACCCUGACGCCCUUACUCCGUCUCGCGGCCCCACGGAUCAGGCCCGGCUUGAAAUUCUCAGUCAACCUAGAUUUAGAGUAGAGAGGGGAGACUGCCCCGUUACGGCCCCUGCAUGGAAAUUGGAAUCCCUCUAUUGCAGCACUGUACCAGAGAGAGCUAAUCACCUGCCGACAUAAUCCACUCUAAGCACGGGAAAAAUUGCCGAGAAGGACUGAAGGAAGUCUCUCCUCUUUGCUGUCCGUGUAUUGUUCUUGGCUCUGGAUAAAUAAAAUCAAAAGGGGAACCGCCUGUCCGGCCUUGAGUUGUCUGGCUUUCCGUCCACCAUCUGUUGCAGCCAGCUGUUUAAAGUUUAUUUUGUUUCAGGUAUGGAUGUAGCCGAGUCCAUCCAAAGUCUUGUUGUGCAAAACCCACCGGGGGAACACUUCUCUUCAGGAGAUUUGAUUUGGACCAAGAUUGGAAAUGUAGAGCACAACGAUGAAGUUGCCUUGAUUCCUUAUGACCGAGUUGAUGCCUUUAUUGUUGGAGAAUGUUCUAAUGUGGAAUGCCCAACAAGAUUCCACAUCGAGAGGGGUAGGAAACGAACUGAAGGAAGCUUAAAAGAGUAUAGGCCUGAUGAAUACUUAGAGUACAGGAUGUAUUGGUGUUCUUUUGGCCCUGAAAACUAUGGAGAAGGAGGAGGCAUAUUACCAAGCCGAAGGUAUCGGCUUAACACUCGUAAUCGUGCUGCCAGACCCCAAUCCAUGAGGGGCUGCACAUGUCAUUUUGUGGUGAAGCGUUUGUAUGCUUGUCCAUCCCUUGCUCUUCUAAUAUUUAAUAAUAGGCGACACGUUAACAAGUCUGGUUUUGUUUGUCAUGGACCACUAGACAGAGAUGCCAUUGGACCUGGUGCUAAAAAUAUUCCAUACAUUUGCAAUGAGAUACAACAGCAAACUAUGUCUAUGAUCUAUCUUGGUAUUCCUGAGGAAAAUGUUUUAGAAAAGCACAUUGAAGGCAUUCAGCGAUAUUGUGAUUCAGAUGCAAAAGUUAAUAGCCUUGCCUCACAGUAUGUCCAUAAACUUGGAAUGAUUAUUAAAAGAUCUACUUAUGAAUUGGAUCUUGAUGAUCAAGCUAGCAUUCGGAUGUGGGUUGAACGCAACAAAAAAUCUGUUUUCAUUUAUCAGGAUACAUCAGAAAGAGACCCAUUCAUCUUAGGAAUACAAACUGAGUGGCAGUUGCAACAAAUGAUUCGUUUUGGCCAUCACAGUAUCUUAGCUGUCAGUUCUACAUUUGGAAUUAAGAAACUCAAGUAUCCGUUGUGCACCCUUCUUGUUUUUGAUUCAAGGCAACUUGCACUCCCUGUUGCAUGGAUCAUCACACGCAGUAUUGCGAAGCUAGAUGUGAAUAAAUGGAUGAAAGCUUUAUUUGCUCGUGUACACUCAACUGAUCCAACAUGGAAACUCAACGGGGUUUUAAUUGAUGAUGCUGCUACAGAGAUUGAUCCAAUAAGGGAGGCUCUGUCUUGUCCUAUAAUUUUUUCUCUUUGGCGUGUUCGUAGAUCUUGGUUGAGAAAUGUUUGCAAGAAAUGUGCUAAUAUCAUAGUGCAAAGGGAGUUAAUGAAGCGCCUGAGUGAUAUGGUUUAUAGUAUUUGGGGUGGCGGUGAUCAUGCUGUCACUUUGGAGGAACUAACUCAAGACUUUGUUGAUCAAACUGAUUUUAUGCAAUAUUUUACAUCUACCUGGGUGCCUAAAAUAGAAAUGUGGCUUACUACAAUGAAGUCGUUUCCCCUUGCAAGCAUUGAAGCAUCUUGUGCAAUUGAAGCGUAUCAUGUCAAGCUUAAAUCAAAACUGUACGAUGAUUCACAUUUAGGCGCACUACAGAGAGUUGAUUGGCUGGUCCACAAGCUGACAACUGAGUUGCAUUCAAGCUAUUGGCUUGACAGAUACGCAGAUGAGAGUGAUUCAUUUCAAAAUGUUAAGGAAGAUUAUAUUGCUUCGUCAUCAUGGCAUCGGGCACUGCAAAUUCCUGAUACAGCCGUGUCUUUAGAAAGUGGACAACAUCCUUUUGCUAAAGUUUUAAGUCAGAAAGACAAUAAUGUUGUGCGUCUUAUUUGGAACGCUGGAUCUGAAUUUGCCCAUUGCGGGUGUGAGUGGUCAAUGCAAGGAAACUUAUGCAAGCAUGUCAUUAAGGUAAAUAUGAUGUGUGGCAGUAUUCAAGGCCAUAUACCUUCCAUGUCUUUCAGGUCAUUCCAAGAGAUUUUAAUGGAUCUUAUGAAAAAGCCAAUGGACGACUCAAUAGCACUUGAUCUCUCAAUGGCAUGGACACAUCAAAUGGUGGAUCAGGUUCAGCAACUUGUGGAGCUGAGUGCUUCCAAUAACAUAGGCCACAUAGUUAAAAACAUGCCUUUGAAUUGGGCUGCUAAGAAAAGUAGAACAUCCUGUGGCAAACCUGCUUCUGCUUUUACUCUGACCCCUAGCUCUAGGAAUUGUGCAACGAUAAGCUCUACUCCACGUAGCAAGACUCAAAAGCGGAAGAGAUUGUCAAGGAUAGGCUGAUUGCUUAUUGUCCUUUAUUAACAUUGCCUUAUUGCUAUGCUUUACCACCCUUGGAGCUAGGUAUGUCGGUUGAUCUUCUGGCCACAUGCAGGACCAAUUUUUCAACUUUGGAUCUGCAUUUAGUGCAAUCAACCGACCUUAAUCCAUAACAAAGUAACCAUUUCCUUUGCAUGCUACAAUUCUGACAAAUCUCGUUGGAUUUGAGCUUCCCGGGACUGUAACUGUAAUAUGAGAUUGUACAUGCAAGUGGCCGGUCUUAAGGUUUUUUAGAGUGGAUUCAAGACAUAAGAAUGAGCCGGGGCGUAAAUAGAUUUUAUUGUUUAGGCUUGCAUGUCUAGCAGAGUGGCAGACAUGCUGAAUGCUUAUGACUAUCCCUUUUCAACCAAGAUGGGUUUUUAAGCUCCUUUUAACCAGAAUCCGUGGUCUGCUUGUCUAGCCCAUGUUUCUUCAAACGCACACAAAUGGAAGCAGAGGCAGAGCUUGCCAAGAAAAAGGCUCUACAUCUCUACUGAUCAGGCCACUAUGGUAAUUAAGUUAAUGAUCAAAUUCUCAUCUUUAUCAUUCACAUCAAAUUGAGUCUCUAAAGUUUAUGUAUAUUUCUUUCACUACAAUGUAGAGUGGGUUGAUACUGUUCUACUCACUCCCUCUAAGCUAAUACUCCUUCCCAUAAAAACAUUACAUUCCCUUUUUGUCCGACCCAAAAUAAGGUUCCACUUUCAUUUUAAGAAAUGAAUUCUCAUAAA